UAAAAGACCAUCACCUGCGGUUGAAGUGCGACUCACAUGGGAAGUAGGAAGUGCCGCGCCUGCGCUUCCUGUGUAAAUAAACGCGCCGCUGCCGGCGCUGCUGCUGGCGAGACGCGCCGCACGCGCUGCGAGGUUCCCGGGCACCACGGAGGCUCCCGAGGCAGGAGGUGGUUGGUUGUAGGUCCUCCUCCUCCGGGCCAAUAGGUCUAAGAGCCCGAGUCCUGGUACAGACCUGCAGAGUGCAGAGCUGUCAGCUGCAGAGCUCGGAGGACGGUGGAAGAGAAUGAAACAGCUCCUCCUCCCCGGUGAGCGUGCUGAAGGUUGCUGAGAAGCCCAGCAGCCGGAGUAACAUAGCUCUCCAGGCAGGGGGGAAGAUAACUCAGAAUAUGUUGUGUGAGCAGUGUAAGGAAAACAGAGAUGAGAAGACAGCGGUUGGGGAAGAUUGAUGAGCCUCGGUGUGCUUUGGGGAGUCUUGAGAAACAAAUGGGUGAUAGUUUUCUAAGCAUAAACUGGGAAGAGGGGAGAGGGGUUAAGGAGACUAAAGCGGCUGAGCAGGCUGAUGGGCUCAGUUGGUAGGCUGCAUUAUCUCACCAUGACUGCUGAAAACCCAACGCCUGGAGACCUGGCUCUGGCUCCUCUUGUUACUUGCAAACUCUGCCUGUGUGAACAGUCUUUGGACAAGAUGACCACACUCCAGGAAUGCCGGUGCAUCUUUUGCACAGCUUGCCUGAAACAGUACAUGCAGCUGGCAAUCCGAGACGGAUGUGGGUCUCCCAUCACUUGCCCUGACAUGGUGUGCCGAAACCACGGGACCCUCCAGGAAGCUGAGAUUGCCUGUUUGGUACCUGUGGAUCAGUUUCAGCUUUAUCAGCGGUUAAAAUUCGAGCGAGAAGUUCACCUGGACCCCCACCGAACAUGGUGUCCUGUCGCUGACUGUCAGACAGUGUGCCCUGUUGCAGCAGGUGACCCGGGACAGCCUGUGCUGGUGGAGUGCCCUUCCUGCCACCUGAAGUUCUGCUCAUGUUGCAAGGAUGCUUGGCAUCCCGAGGGCUCCUGCAGAGACAGUCAGCCCAUCAUCUUGCCAACAGAACAUGGGGCCCUCUUUGGGACGGAUGCAGAUGCCCCCAUUAAGCAGUGUCCAGUUUGCCGGGUUUAUAUUGAACGCAAUGAAGGCUGUGCUCAGAUGAUGUGCAAGAACUGCAAACACACGUUUUGCUGGUACUGUCUGCAGAACCUGGACAGUGACAUUUUCCUCAGACAUUAUGACAAAGGACCAUGUAGGAAUAAGCUUGGCCAUUCAAGAGCCUCAGUGAUAUGGAACCGAACACAGGUGGUUGGGAUUCUUGUGGGGUUGGGCAUCAUUGCCUUGGUGACUUCACCUUUGCUGCUUCUGGCUUCCCCGUGUAUAAUCUGUUGUGUCUGCAAGUCCUGCCGGGGCAAGAAGAAAAAGCAUGACCCAUCCACAACCUAAAGAUCUCUGUCUCUACUUGUGUCCGUGUGCCACACAUGUCUUAUACAUACAAGACAACACAGUGAUAAAGCCCCACUUAGUGAACUCGCCUCCUUUUUCUUGCCAAAUUUUGGAAGUGCCUCUGUGUCCAGACUUUGAACUGGCCUACCCUCCUGUGGCAUCAGGAAAGGCCAAGCACUGGUGUGUGUGUUCCUGUGUAAAGACAGUCGGGUUCCGCAGUCCAGGUUGUGUCUGUGGAGCAUGUCAGAAACUUCAGGUUCCUGGGAAGGAACUAACACAUCAUCAUUCUGUCAUCUGAAGGAUCCCACUGGACUGCUCGACUUCCAGCCAGAUUCAAGGAGCCUGAGUGAACGUUCAAUAUAAUAAAGGUGUUGUCAUGGUUGGCAAUAUACAUGAUCAUUGAGAAGCUCGAGUGUGUUCUGUAUUGUUUGACUACCAUGGGAAACGUGGGGGAAAACCCAUGGAUAAGACUGUUUCGGGGAAAAUUUUCGUAAGAGUGAUAAAGCAGGCUGCUUAUCUUAGGACUCGAUGUGGUGGCUCUGCCCUUGCCAGCUACUGGGUGUGCUUUCCCAGCGUCCCCACAGUGACUUGGCAGAAGCACAAUGGGUUUCUGCUUGUGUGAUCUCAGCUUCAAGCAGGAGAAACUUCUGUGCAGAGGAAGUUGUCCCUUCCCACUAAAAGGGUUUCGACAUAUAAAACAAUAUGGUCUAGUUUAGUCUGUGUCUCAGCAAGUGUAACUUUUUAAAGGUGGUAAACCCUUCUCUUAUAGCCAGUAGCUGCUGUCUACACACUUGUUUUACAUGAAGGAUUUGGGUGCAGUGGCAGAGGUUCAAAACCUUCGUCAUAGAUAUCAGGGACCUUUCUUAGCUCUAUGUUCAUACACCCAAUGGAUGUAGAAUCAGACCUAAAAGGUACACACCAAGCCCUUAGGUGCAUCUAGAGCCCAUAUAACUUUCUGCCUACCUAGAUUUUCUGUCCAUUGGGCAUGCCUGGAUAUGAAUGCAAAAUCAUAGUGUGUAUUAUUGCACACAGUAGUACAACACACAAAAUAAAUGUUUAUGUAAAAGCCAGUCUGUAUCCUUCUGUGACUAAUAUUGUUUAUUAUAAAUCAACCUACAGAUUUUUUUGCAUAUUAUAUAUGUAAAUUUUUGGUUACAAGUUCUUAACUUACCCAAGUAUAGACUCAUCACCAUGACUCGUUUAAAAUGAUAUUUAAUACUGUCAUCUCAGUUGGUAAAAAGACUGAUUGAUAAUCACAUUAUUUAUGUGUUUUCAAACACAAUUCAGAGCAGCUGUCUUCUCAGCAGAGUUUAGUAUCUGUUAUGGCAAUCUGAAUUUUGUAUGUACAAGACACUGAUAAAACAACAAAAAUAUUCAGAAAUAAAAUGUAAAAGCUUUAUAUAUAUUUAGUAGUUUGGAUUUGUAUAACCUCAUUGUGACUUGGUUUUCCCACUAUACCAUUAGUCAGAUUUUGAAUAAACGGGUUUUGAAAAGACAAUGACUUUUCCUCCAGUGACAAGAUGAUAUAAUUGCCAUUAGCAGUGUGGCCUGGUGCCUCCUGAGAGCUGGACUAAGCGUUAAUGGAGAGCUCUCCUUGAAGCCAGGGAUACCGAGUAAGGAACUGUCAGGAACUAUGAUACAUUCUGAGGUAACUGGAUAACUAGAUUACUAAAUUGCUGCUAUCCUGGACCUAUUAUUAAAGAAUAAUGCUUUGCCUAUGUAAUGGAAUGUAUCCUAAGUGGGGAUAUGUAUAUUUAAGGAACUUUAAUUCACAUAUACAUACAUAUAUAUAUAUAUUACUAUAUAUAUAUAUAUUACUUUUGGUCAUGUAUAUUUUUAUUUACAGUUUGUACAGAACAUCGAUGAGAACUCUGGGAAAACUUUUGAUGGCAGCCAACUAAAACAUUUUUAAUUGUUUAUUAGAAAUUUCUCAACAUUGUAUCUUUAUUUUCCUUUGAAACUCAAAACAGAAAAAAAAAUCAAUACUCUUUAUCAAUGUAUUUCAUAUUAGUAUAAAUAUAAGGGUAUAUGUAUUUGAAUAAUUUGCCUUGUCUUACACUGCCUCAUCAGAGUUAAAGGCAUUUGUAACUGCUCAGGGGAUCACGGGAACUCAACUGAACUGAAUUUUUGUAUCAAGAAUGUUAGUAGUUGCAAUCUACUACUCAAUUAGCAAACUCUUCAACCUUGGUUCCGCAAAGAAUCUUAUAAGAGAGACUGGUUUCCAGUUACCUAAAGGCUGUGUUAUUAAAGGUGGCGCUCCUGAGUUUGGACUUAAAGUGCAAGAAAACAUCUGUGUUAUUUCCCUGGAAAAAUAAAUGAAAGGGACCUGCCUUCUCACAGAGAUUUUGUUGUAGAGGAAUUGGCUCCUUUUAUUUUGUGGGGGAUAACCAGUAGGGGUUGUUUGUCCAGCAUAUUUAAAAUAACAGUAUUUUUUAAAUUUUGAAAAGUACCCAGAAAAUGGUGACUUCUCCCUUAAGUAGCUAAAUGAAUUGGUGGGUGUAAGAUUGUCAGAAUCAACGGGAUGGACUGGGAGGUGAAACCCAAGUGUAUCUCUGAUGCAUCAAGGGUUGAGAUGUAAGCCGAUCACGACGAUUUGCUUAUACAGGAGAAAGCUGACAACUUUGAUAAUGGACUGAUAUCAUUUUGGAUAAUUAAUUGUCCAGUGAAAGGGUUUAACCUUGUCUCUUCCCUCUGUCAGGUUUAUUCUUCCCUAGUGAUUCUCACUCUAUACUAGGAAGAAAUCUGGGUCUACAUGGUAAUGUUUGGAUAUUUUGGCAAAACCUUUUUGUGUUUGGAGUGGUAUAGUAUAGUCCAUUUGGAAUGGGAAUUUAAAAGUCCUUCACUGAAAUUGUGAUCUGGAUGUAGUAACUUACCAUGCAGAAACACUGCUGGAUGUAAUGGCAUAACACCUAGCCCUUGCCCCUUCUAGGAAUUUUUCUCUUGGGUAGUGAGGUGAGGAGGAAAGUCACAUGGGAGCAAAUUUUAGAAUCUUAGGCAUCCUGUUUGUUCAUGCCAUAGAUGUUUGCUCUGGACUUGAAAUCUCUCUUUUGAAGGAGGUCUUUGAAAAAUGAAUAAUUCACAGUGUGAAUUUUCUUGUAGCCUGCAUCACAAAAAUGUUACCUAUCCAAGUCUGAAAAAUCUAAAUGCUUAUUUGAAUGUAAAGCACUGUUUCUUGGAACCCCAAAUUUGUCUCUUAAAACUUAUUCAGAGUCUAAGUUUGUAUGUAUUACUUUAGCCUUCCCCAAAGUGCUUCUGAAAGGCUUUCUGUUCAUGAAUGGAUGCCUUUAUGUGUAUAGGUCAUUUACAUAUGUGCAGCUACAGAGACAAUUUCAGAAGCCUUAGAUGAGUGAUGUUUUAUAAAGUGGUCUCAACUUAUAGCUGCAGGCUAUUGUGUUGUAUGUUGAUUCAUGAUCCAGAAAGUUUUGUUAUGUAUUUAAGCAAUUGGAUGUCAUAUUUUUUCAAUUAUUUGAGAGAAAAAAUAGCUGUUUUCAUCUCUUAGCCCCAAUAAAUGUGGAGCAGGAAAUUAA